GAUAUAUAUCGUUCCAUGAUACGAAGGCUAGCUACCUUCGCGCAUUGGAGGUCAAUGUCGCUUGGGAGGUAUUCGAUAGGUCGGGUUCCAGGAAAGUUCAAGGGCAGCACUGACUCAACUUCAUUUCCAGUAAUGGACUCCGACUCCUACCAGGGGUCUGAACACGAGCCUAAGACAGACCUAAGCCUCACUGCUGAGCAGCCCCAGAGCCUCGCAACCACGGAAGAUGACACACUCCAGGGCGAAUCCUAUAUGCGAAUCCAGAUGCUGGAAUCCCAUCAAUCGGAUUUUGUACAAUCGUUAGGGUCAUUAGAUCCGCUACAGUCCGAGAUGAUUGGCACGUACAAGUGCAUGCCCCUUGUGCUCAAAGAAGACAGCAAGUGGGUUGUCCAAAAUAAAGACCCGAUCUUGAAUUUGCCCACAGAGUGUGUGCAAGAUCUUAAGGAUCAUUGCCAGGCUGCCGUGGAUUCGGGCUUCAUGUUGCUCUACGAUCAACUGGAGCGCGUCCGGUUGGCCAACUACGAGUUCCAGGCGACCCAACAGCUCCUAGUCAACCUAAAGAGUCUUCUGCUACGGAAACAUAACGAGUUUAUGGAGGCUCGGAUCUUAGAGACCACAAAGACUCACAACGAACAGAUGCAUCGGCUCCAGGCGGACCUCGAGGUAAAGUUGAAGGCGGAGCAGGACAAAUAUCUCCCGAAGUUGGAGAAGCUGCAGAAAUUGCUCCGGGACUGCGAGGCACAAAGAGACGAUUACGAAAGGCAGCUGAAGCAUAAGGACGACACCAUUGAAUCAAUAAUGGCUGAAUCAAACAAGAAAAUGUCUCUUAAUUUGAAUCUGGAGCAUCAAUUGGCGGAGUCGAGUGCUGAGCUGGCCCGGACACGGAACGAGCUCGUCGAGAGCAGGGAGCAUAUGGCUUAUCUGGAGGCCGAAUGGAAGGAGGAACACGAGGACCACGAAUCAGAGGAGAGCACUCAGAGUGUACAGCAGGCGUUUAUAGAUCUGGAACAUGUCAAGUCAGAGCUAUAUGAGUCCCAGCAGCUGGUGGGCGAGAUGAGGGCACAAGCGAAACGCGACGACUUGAUGAUAUGCCGGUACACCGAGGAAAUCAAUACCUGUCGUCUGAAGGAAACUGACAGCCAAAGAGCUUAUCAAAAACUUUGUUUGGAAUCUGCCGACAAGGACGUACAGAUAAAUAAGAUGCGCCUCAAGCUAGACUUGAUGGAGGAGCAGCUAAGCCAUGCCUAUGAAAAACAGGCGCUCCAGAAGCAGGAAAUCAAACGCUUGGAGGAGUUUUCAAAAGUGUCAGAGGAGGAAAAUGCUCGCGUCACGGUCGAAAGGGACCAGUAUCAGUUAGCCAAAAACACUGAGAAACAGCAGGUUGAAAACCUAACGCAGCAGCUUCAGGAAUUUGUAGACUUUCUUCUUAGCAAAGGGAAACCCCCAGCUAUCAUUGAAGGUCUCAUCCACGUUUGCAAUAGAUGUGGCUGCAUACAUCAACGGCAGCAUCAAUCUAGAUCCACAGUCGCGUAAGUUGGGGAAACGCAGGGAGCGCAGCAGCAACAGCGCAACCAACAAAGAGCACUUGAUAUUGAAUAAUAUUAAAUAUAUAAAUAAAUACUGUUUUCACGUUUGGAGUUGU